CCGAGCGGUACCCGGAUGUUUCCCAUGUCAACACUUCCUGUUGUGUCUGCUUUUCGAACCAGGAAGAUGGAUUUGCAGUCGAACAAAUGGCUGCUUAAUUUGCUAGUUUGUUAUUUUUUCGUGGGUGUCAGCUGUAAUUCUGUAGAAAAGAAGAUUUAUGUUAAACUCAAUUACAGUCCAUGUGUGCGACUCCUCAAUGCUACACAUCAAAUAGGCUGCCAGUCCUCUCUGAGUGGUAAUGUGGGUGUGCUGCAUGUGCUCCAGUCAGAAGAAAACCUGGACUGGGUCCUGCGCUCUGGUCCCAAUCCUCCAUAUAUGGUUAUACUGGAGUAUUCACUCUUUACCAGUUCUGUCAUGAUGAAGUUGAAGAGUAGCUCCAGCAGGGUCGCUGGCGUUGCGGUUGUAGCACCAAACACAAACCCAGCUGUGGGCUUCUCUCCUCACACCACCUGCCCCAACGAAAACACAGGUGUUUAUUCAGAGAAAUACGAUCCAACCAUGGCACACUGUAAUGUAACAGUGUGGAACCCCCUGGGAAACGGUUUAUCCUAUGAGGAGUUUGACUUCCCCAUCUUCUCAAUGAAAGAUGAUAAUGAAACUCAGCUCAUACGACAGUGUUACUUCGAUCAUAACCACGUUGUGAACGGCAGCGCUCCUCAGUAUCCACUGUGUGCCAUGCAGCUCUACUCGCACAUGUCUGCUGUCACCAACACAGCCACAUGCAUGAGAAGGAAUGACAUCAACUUCAGCCUCACCCAAGACAUGGUGUGUGACCCAUUGAGUGACAUGAAUAUUUGGGCGUCCACCAGGCCUAUUAACAACACAGCCAAAGGCCACAAGGAGCAGGAGAGUGUGGUCAUUGCUGCAGCGAGGAUGGACAGCAGAUCUUUCUUCUUUGACAUCGCUCCAGGGGCAGAGAGCGGAGUCUCCGGGUUCGUAACCCUGCUGGCGGCUGCUCAUGCUCUACGCGAACCCACCCAGGACGCCCAACUUGGCCGCAACAUCCUCUACACCUUCUUCCAAGGGGAAACCUUUGACUACAUCGGCAGUUCAAGGAUGGUUUAUGACAUGGAGAACAAAGAGUUUCCUUUAGACCUAGAUAACGUUCACUCUGUGCUGGAGAUUGGACAGGUGGGACUUCAUACCAGCUCCAAGCUGUGGCUUCACUCAGAUCCCGUGUCGCGGAGGAACGCCAGUGUCGAUGCAGAGGUGGACACUCUUGUCAAAAAUGUGAUGUCAGCUGCCAAAAGUUUAAAUGUCUCCGUAAACGAGCCUGAUGUCUCCCAGCCGCUCCCACCCUCGUCCUUCCAGCGUUUCCUGCGAGCUCGCCCGAUCCCUGGAGUCGUUAUUGAGGAUCACAAGUCGGCCUUCACCAACAGCUUCUACGAGAGCAUGUACGAUAACGCAGAAUACCUGAACAUGUCUUAUCCACCAAACAUGACCCAAGAGGAGCAGCUGGAACAUAUUACUGACACUGCAAAGGCUCUGGCUGAGGUGGCAACUGUGGUGGCACGAGCGUUGUACAUCCAGGCAGGAGGAGCUGAAACCCAGCUGAGCCGCAUUAACGCAGAUCCUCAAAUCGUGACCCAGAUCCUCUACAGCUUUCUUGUUCAGUCCAAUAACUCCUGGUUGCAACAAAUAAUGAGCCCAAGCCAUGCAAGUCAUCUGACCAACAGGCCCACAAACCUUUAUAUUGGCGUUGGCCUCCAGCAGAGCGAACCCACUUUUCUGGUCCAGUACAUUCUGGCUAACCUGACGGGCAUCACUGUCAACGCCACACAGGACAACUGUAGAGACCAGAAAGUAAAUGAAGACGACAAAGAGAGCAAACAUUUGUACUACUACCUUUGGGUUCAGGGCGCGGCGCCUCCCAACAGCACUACCAGACAAGGCUUCUGUGUCCGCUCCACUGUUCGACUGUCCAAAGCGAUGUCCCCGGCCUUUGAACUGCGACAGUACACCUCCACAGAGUACUCGACGUGGACAGAGUCCAGGUGGAAGCCCAUCAGCGGACGCAUAUUCCUGGUAGCAAGUCAUGAUCUGGAGAUGUUGACCCUUGGCGUGGGCUUUGGCGUGCUGCUAACUUCCCUCAUCCUGACGUACUUCAUGAGCACGAAGGCCGAAAUCCUCUUUAGCUCAGGAAGGGAACCCGCCACCGCCACCUACUGACCCACGCGAAAAGACAGGCCCACAACCACUAUUACAACUACAACUACUACCCACUUCUAUCCCAACCGUACAUGGACCGGGUCUGUUCUUCAACACAUACCAUGAGCAGGUACACAGACAGGUUAGCAGACGACGACUCGGUGUUUAUGGACUCACUAAGGUGAGGCUCGACAUGAUGACUGGACUGGAACGGACUGGAUUGACCCGGAUGGAUCUGGACUCAUCAGGGUCAGAAAACGCUGGUCAGGCAACAGCAGUGCUGCCAGUGGAAAAGGUGUUUAUAUUUCUUUUGUUUUAGCUUAUUGUUGUUUUCCCUUUUUAUUGUCAAAGACUGUUUGGUUUACUGUGUUAAGGGAUAGACACUAAGCAGUGAGCAUUAUGGUGUGUGUGUGUGUGUGUGUGUGCGCGUGUAUAAGAGUGUAUGAAUCAGUGUUAACGAUCAGUCUGAGUGCAUAUGAAGGAUUGCAGUGUUUGUUCAAUACUGUAGCCGUCUUUAACUUAUCAGUCGUUCCAUUGAUACGCAACCACUUUGAGUCAGUGAACAAUAGUAAAUGUUUAAGGUUUUGCAGAAUUAUAAACGAGCGUUGAAGUGUUUUGAUAAGCUCCAGGUAAAAGAGGAAAGACUAAAAAAAUCACUUUAUACUCUUUGAUCCCAGUGAACAUACAACUACAGUUAACGUAGAUCAGCGUGUUCACUCACUGUAAUUCACAAAUUGUGAGUCUGGUGUUGUUGACAAGCACUUUUUAUCAAUCAACUGACAAAUCUAUUGGGUCCAGUGAGAGGAACAUAUGGAACUCUGCAUGUUUUUAGGUUCACAGCUUUUUCACAAUGUUUCUUUCUUUCCUGAUAAUGUCUGAAAAAUUGUAACUGUAAGCGGCAGGUUUAAUUUCCAUAGAUGGCUGGAUGGAUGACAAAUUGUGAUGGCUUGAUGAUGAAAUAAACAGUCAUUUUCCAGG